GUCUUUUGCCCCCCCUCCCCGCCCCCUCCCACUUUUCCCCAGACUCCCCAAGACCUCAAUUGGCCAAGUCCUCCGUCCGUCUCUUUGACUGACGUCGCCACCGCCGCUUGUUCCCUCCCAGUGGCAACAGACUGUUUUUGCGGGGAACAACAGCGUUUGGACCGAACAGCCGGUUCCGUGUCCUCCAUGGGAAGCUAGAGGGCGACACGGCGAGUGCUUUAGGUUGCUAUCGAGGCUGCAGGAUGCUCCCCAGGUUCCUCUCGUGUUUGGGGAUAUGGUUUUACCUUCACGUAUGCUCCCUAGUGGACCCCGGAGAUGCACACAACAACGCCAAGGAAGUGGUUCUGCUGGACUCCACGGCACAACAGACAGAACUGGAGUGGAUCUCCUAUCCACCCAUUGGGUGGGAAGAAAUCAGCGGCUUGGAUGAGAACUAUACACCCAUUCGCACGUACCAGGUGUGCAAAGUCAUGGAGCCCAAUCAGAACAACUGGCUUCGGACUAAUUGGAUCAGGAAGGGCACAGCCCAGAGAAUUUUUGUGGAACUGAAAUUCACCUUAAGGGAUUGUAACAGUCUACCCGGCGUGGUGGGCAGCUGCAAGGAGACGUUCAACUUGUAUUACCAGGAAACGGAUUCAGAGUUGGGUCGGAGCAUGCGAGAGAACCAGUACGUAAAAAUCGACACCAUCGCAGCGGAUGAAAGCUUCACUCAGGGCGACUUGGGCGAAAGGAAGAUGAAGCUCAACACUGAAGUGCGGAUAAUUGGCCCCCUGUCCAAACAGGGCUUUUACCUGGCCUUUCAAGACGUGGGGGCAUGCAUCGCCCUGGUGUCUGUCAAAGUCUACUACAAGAAGUGCUGGUCCAUCAUCGAGAACUUGGCCAUAUUCCCAGACACUGUGACCGGAUCCGAGUUCUCCUCUCUGGUGGAGGUGGAGGGAAUAUGUGUUAAUGAUGCAGAGGAGGAGGUGGACAACUUUCCCAAGAUGCACUGCAGCGCUGAGGGGGAAUGGCUGGUGCCCAUUGGAAAAUGCAUAUGCAAAGCAGGAUUUCAGCAGAAAGGAGACGCGUGUGAACCAUGUGGCCGUGGUUUCUACAAAUCUUUCUCCCAGGACCUGCAGUGCUCUCGCUGCCCCAUGCACAGCUUUAAUGAGCGGGACGGCUCCUGGCGCUGCGACUGCGACGACGGCUACUACCGCGCUUUCUCCGACCCUCCUUCUGUGGCGUGCACACGACCUCCUUCAGCUCCGCAGAAUCUGGUCUACACCAUCAACCAGACCACUGUUACCCUGGAGUGGAGCCCGCCGGCUGACACGGGCGGACGUAGUGAUGUCACCUACAGGGUUCGAUGCCGACACUGUAGCUGGGAACCUGAAGAGUGCGGACAGUGUGGGCCAAACGUGGGAUAUUUUCCCGCACAAUCAAGACUAGUAGAUAGCUACGUCAACAUUGUUGACCUGCUGGCCCACGCCAACUACACUUUUGAGGUGGAAGCCGUCAACGGCGUGUCUGACCUGAGCCGCACUCAGAGGCUGUUUGCUGCAGUUAGCAUCGCCACGGGCCAAGCGGCUCCAUCCCAGAUCAGCGAGGUCAUCAAGGAGAAAGUACAGCAGCGGAGCAUCCAGCUGUCCUGGCAGGAACCCCAGCAAUCCAAUGGAAUUGUCACAGAAUAUGAAAUCAAAUAUUAUGAAAAAGAUCAGAAGGACCGAACCUACUCCACAGUGAGGGCCAGAUUGCCAUCGGCGACUGUGAACAAUCUGAAGCCCAGCACUGCCUACGUCUUCCAGAUACGAGCCUUCACGCAGGCGGGAUAUGGAACAUUUGGCCCCAGAUUAGAGAUAACCACCAAGGAGGAGGCAACAGCUGCAGUUGUCUCCAGCGAGCAGAACCCUGUCAUCAUCAUAGCGGUGGUGGCAGUGGCAGGAACCAUCAUCCUGGUGUUCAUGGUGUUUGGCUUUAUCAUUGGGAGAAGGCAUUGCGGAUACAGUAAGGCGGAUCAAGAGGGAGACGAAGAACUUUACUUCCAGUUUAAAUUUCCAGGCACUAAGACAUAUAUUGACCCUGAAACCUACGAGGACCCAAACAGAGCUGUCCAUCAAUUUACCAAGGAGCUGGAUGCGUCCUGCAUUAAAAUCGAGCGGGUUGUCAGAGCAGGAGAGUUCGGGGAGAUGUGCAGCGGGCGGAUAAAAUUACCUGGAAAGCGGGACGCUUCGGUCGCCAUUAAAACAUUAAAAGUGGGUUACACUGAGAAGCAGAGGAGGGACUUCCUCUGCGAGGCCAGCAUCAUGGGACAGUUCGACCAUCCCAAUGUGGUGCAUCUGGAAGGAGUAGUGACAAGAGGAAAACCAGUGAUGAUCGUCACCGAGUUCAUGGAGAACGGUUCACUGGAUUCCUUCCUGAGAAUACACGACGGUAAAUUCACCGUCAUUCAGUUGGUUGGCAUGCUCAGGGGCAUCGCGGCAGGAAUGAGAUAUCUGGCGGACAUGGGUUACGUCCAUCGAGAUCUGGCAGCACGAAACAUCCUGGUGAACAGCAACCUUGUCUGUAAAGUGUCCGACUUCGGCUUGUCGCGGAUGAUAAACGACGAUCCCGAAGCCGUCUACUCAACCACUGGUGGAAAAAUACCAGUCCGGUGGACGGCGCCAGAAGCUGUCCAGUUCCGUAAAUUCACCUCAGCAAGCGAUGUGUGGAGUUACGGGAUUGUCAUGUGGGAAGUGAUGUCCUAUGGGGAACGGCCAUAUUGGGACAUGUCCAAUCAAGAUGUCAUUAAAGCCCUGGAGGAAGGCUACCGUCUCCCGGCUCCGAUGGACUGUCCCCCAGGCCUUCAUCAGCUUAUGUUGGAUUGCUGGCAGACGGACAGAGGAGAUCGGCCCAAAUUCGAUCAGAUAGUCAGCAUUCUCGAUAAGAUGAUUCGGAAUCCGACCACGCUGAAAACGCCAGCUGGGACAUGCACAAGACCAGCUCGACCCCUGUUAGAUCAGAGCACACUGGACUUUGCUGCUCUCCACUCAGUGGAAGAGUGGCUGGAAGCCAUCAAGAUGGAACGAUAUCGGGACAACUUCACAGCAGCUGGCUACAGUUCCCUGAAAUCUGUGGCCAGGAUGUCAAUCGAGGAUGUCAUGAGCGUGGGUAUUACACUAGUGGGCCAUCAGAAAAAGAUUAUGAGCAGUAUACAGACGAUGAGAUCGCAGAUGCUUCAUCUUCACAAUCCAGGUGUCCAAGUCUGACGGAAACAAUUUUUAUGGAGUAUUAUCUGUACUGUAUGGAGUAUUAUGUGUACUGGAACCUGGCUGGGAUCAAUGGACCAACAUGUCAGCCUCACGGGAAUCUUUUUCUUCAGUGAGACAUUUUGGACGUGAAGGAGAGGAAGAAAUGCAAACAAUGGACAAGGAAAAUGGCAUUUUCUUUUCUUUUUUUUCUAAAUGAGCUAAUGAACACAUAUCAAAUCGUGCGUUGACAAUUAAGUGUUUAAACUUAAUGACUCCUUAAUGACACUAUUGGCAAUGGUUUGCCUUUACAAAGAACUAAAUGUUGGAUCUACAAGCUGAGGUUUGGGGGUUCAUACCAUGGUCCAUAGAACAGUCUAUGUUUCCCUCCACUUGGAAACAGGGUAUACUCCGUAUUUAGGGUGCUUCGGGUUAAACCUGCUUUUCAUGUGUAACAUACCACCGUGCAUAGAACACUUUAUGUUUCCUUUGACUUACAGUACACAGUACAGGGUAUACUCAGUAUUAUCCAAACCUUUAGAGUUUGGCGUUGGUUAGAGUGAGGGAUAGAGUUUGGGUCGGAUUAGGGCUCAAAUCUGGUUUUAAUUUGUAACAUACCACCGUGCAUAGAACAGUUUAUGUUUCCAUCGACUUACAGUAUACAGUACAGGGUAUACUCAGUAUUAUCCAAACAUGGAGGAAAAAGAGAGUUUGGCCUUGGUUAGAGUGAGAGAUAGAGUUCGGAUUAGGGCUCAAAUCUCGUUUUUGUUUGUAACAUACCACGGUGCAUAGAACAGUUUAUGUUUCCAUCGACUUACAGUAUACAGCGUAUAUUCCGUAUUAUCCAAACAUGGAGGAAACAAACCUUUAGAGUUUGCCGUUGGUUAGAGUGAGGGUUAGAGUUUGGGUAGGAUUAGGCCUCAAAUCUGGUUUUAAUUUGUAACAAAGCACCGUGCAUAGAAUGGUUUAUGUUUCCUUUGACUUGGAAACAGGGUAUACUCAGUAUUAUCCAAAUAUGGAGGAAACAUACCUUUAGAGUUUGGCGUUGGUUAGAGUGAGGGUUAGAGUUUGGGUCGGAUUAGGGCUCAAAUCUGGUUUUCGUUUGUAACAUACCACCGUGCAUAGAACGGUUUACGUUUCCUCCGACUUGGAAACAGGGUAUACGCUGCAUUAUCCAUACCUUCAGGAUUCGGGGGUUGGUUAUGGUUUAGGUUAGGGUUAAAAUCAGUUUUUCAUUGUAACAUACCAUGGUUCAUAGAACAGUCUACAUGUUCUUCAAAUUUGAAACAGGGUGUAAUCAGUGUUAUCCAAAUAUGGAGGAAACAUACCUUUUGGGUUCGGACUGUUUUUGCUUUGUGCUAAACAGUCUAUGGUGCAUUGAACAGUCCAUGUUUCCUUCAACUUGGAAACAGGGAAUACUCUGCUUGAAAGAAAUGAAGGGUUAACGGUUAGGAUCAAAAUCCGUUUGGUGCAUAGAACCAACGUACAUUUCCUUCAAUUUGCAAGCAGGGUAUACUCAGUAUUAAUCCAAAUAAUCCAAAUAUGGAGAAAACAUUCUCUUCAACCUUUUCUGUUGGCACUUUGAACCUCAUGUACAAUUUUUCAUUCAUUUAUUAUGAAUUUUGAACACUGAGUAGAUUUUUCUAGACCUUCUUUGACUCUUUGUCAAUGUAGCAAUAUUGUUGGAGUUCAUUACGGGAAUUUUAGCUCCGACUCUUUGUUGGGAUAGUGCACUGUUGAAAGACCAUAUCCAAGCCCCAUCGCUUGUUUUGACAGAAUUAUGCCUAAAUGUUGCACAUUUUCUGGGUACAUUCUUCCGCUGCAAAUACAUGGAAUCAAAAAAGGAGAAAGGUGAACUCCCUGGAUGUGUCGCUGCCUUAAGUGUUUGACGUAUUGCCGGUGCGGAUGCUUUUACUGCGAUUUCUUUUUUCAACGUGAUCUUGGUUUGUUUUGUUAUCCUCGCCGUAUGAUGUUUCGUUAUCUGAAACUUGCACUGCUGAAAUCAAGAUCAAGGACACGUUGUAAUGCUACAAAGUGCUAAGAGAAGAGAUGAAGUAAACAAAGCAAUAAUUACCAGGUAAAAUAGGUCUUCACCUGACAUUACCAAGGUGCUAGUCAUGUGUGCUGAGAGGAGAAGACCCCUUCGGAUGCGCCAUUCAAUCACAUGAGUUCAUAUUUAUUCACCAGCAAUACUUUCUGAUGAUGAAAAGGAGGAUUUGGGUGUCAAAUCAAAAACUGGGCAGGGACAGAUUGUGAUGCUGAGUUGCCGUCUGUGUUUUUUCAUGUGUGUUGUUUCUUCUUUCCUACGGCUCAGAAUUCUUGUUGUUUUCCAGGGAAUCAAAUAUUAAUUUAAGUUAAUCAAACACAAAUUUUUUAUUUGUUAUUUUUAUCUGUUUCAAUACACUUUGCAUAAAAGUAUGGACUGUCCAUGUCUUUGUUAGGGGGUAAGCCUAACUUAAAUCAGCAGGGGAUUAAAUAAGAAUAUCCCCUUCUGUCUGUAUAUAGGUAGAUACAUAUAUUGGGUUUGUUUUUUGUUUUUUUUUAACCAGAUAUGUGGUUUCUCUAAAAGGCCAUAGAUCAAGAGAUGUGGAUCAUUUUCAAAAUUAGAAAAUAUUUGGCUACUUACUUGGAUUAUUCCAAGUCAAAAUGUACAGCAGAGUAUUGGGGCCAUGUUAAAAAAAACGAAAAAUUUACCAGAAAAAAAGUCAUAUAAUUAUGAGAAUAAAGUGGAACAUUUACGAGAAUAAAUGUGUACAUUUAUGAUAAAAAGUUGUACAUUUGUGAGAUGAAAUUUUAGAUUUAUGAGAAUAAAGUCAUGAAUUUACCAGAACAAAGGAAGACAUUUAUGACAAAAAGUUGUAAAUUUACCAGAAAAAGUCAUAAAUUUAUGAGGAAAAAGUUGUAAAUUCACGAGAAUAAAGCCUUAAAUUUAAGAAAAUUAGAAAAAGUUGUACAUUUGCAAGAAUAAAUUCAUAAUAUUACGUGUCAAGGGGAGAAAAUAGGGGAGAAAUAAUAUGGACUUGAGUGUAUGUGAACAGGUGUUGGUUGAUGGAGUUCUUGGUGUGGGGUUGGGGGGCGGGGGUCUGAUCCGAGCACCUUUAAUAAACCUCACCUAAUCUAUAUAUAAGAAUUCCACAAUUAGGCAGAUUAACAAACAUAAAGCCAUUCAGUCAACACAUCAUCCUUAAAAGGGACCUAUGAUGCUUUUUCCACUUUUCUGACCUAUAAAUGUAGUUAGAAUGUCGUAUUCUGGUGUUAAAUGAUGCCAAAGUUUCAGAUAAUGAGGUUUGCGCAUUUGGAAGUGAUCCCUGAAAGAAGUUUGGGAUGGCUCGAAACGCUCGGUUUCAGAAGGCGUGGUACAAACUGCGCCUUUGUGAUGUCACAGAGUGGCGGACUUCCUUAUGUGGUUCAUAGUUAGAAAGGCCGCGGACCGUGGGUGGAAGCACAAAAGGAAGGAAAUACAGCUGGAAUAGGUGGAGAUUCUGGAAGAUCUAGGAAGUUUUCUGGGCGGGUUAUUGUGUGAAACUGCUCUAUCAAUACAAAGGGUCGAAAAAUGAGCAUAAUAGACCCCCCCCCCCCCCGCCCCCCAUUUUAAAAUCCAUCAUAUCACAUUCCGAGGUGUGGUUCUCUUCAACUCGGCCAUAAAAAAACUAAGAUUAAAUAAAAAGACAAAAACACGAUGAUACAAUAUUGAGUCACAUACAACAGAUAAUAAAGCUAGUAAGGAAAUCCUUUUGAAAUGUUAUGAUUCAGCACUGCAAAUUUAUGUCACUGCUUUGGUGCGCUGGGACUUGAUUCCAAAGAGUGCAACACUGUUUUUUUUCUUCUUCUUCUUCUAAUUGUAAGACUUGUAUAUUUUAUUUAUAUUGUUUUUACACAUACUACCAGACAACAGAAAACUGAAUCAAUAAAAAAUGCACUAUAUUUUUUUAUAUCUUUCAGAUGACUUGUCAUCACUCAAGUAUUCAAUUGUACAUACCUUUUCAUUUCGGACCAAAGAUCAUGGAUGUGAUUUCAUUUUUAGUAAUGAUGAACGUUUGAAAAAAAAAAAAAAAGUAAGAUUUUACUAUUUAUUUCUCGGUAAACAUAAAGAGAAUGAAUCAGUGCUGAUUCUUUUUGUCAUCAGAAGAUACAGGAUAUAAAACACCGUUAAGUUGAUCAUGUCUGUUACAUAAAGACUUUUGCUUUGUAACCUUUGUACAUAUAUUUUUGGAAAUAAAAUGCAAUCUGUAAAUGUUUGUCUCUUAUGCGUCAUAGUGAGUGCAGGGUUCUUUCUACAACAGCGGUGUCUAAAGUGAGGCCCGGUGCCCAUUUGUGGCCUUUUUUUGACGGGCCUGUGGCACAUUCUAAAAAAAACGUAUGUAUAAUCUAAAAAUGUGGCAUCCCACAGGGUUCCGUGCUAGGACCUGUAUUGUUCAGUCUUUGUAUGUCCCCCUU